UCUGCUUGUCAGCCAAUGAGCGCUGCCCGGCAGGGCGCGCCCACUGGUACCUGGGGCAUAAAGGCGCGGCGGCUCUGCUACUUGGGCGCUUCUGAUCCUGACCCUCAGAAGGAAAUCACCAUGGUGCUGUCUCCCGCGGACAAGACCAAUGUCAAGGCUGCCUGGGAAAAGGUUGGCAGCCAUGCUGGCGACUAUGGCGCGGAGGCCCUGGAGAGGAUGUUCCUGUCCUUCCCCACCACCAAGACCUACUUCCCCCACUUCGACCUGAGCCACGGCUCCGCCCAGGUCAAGGCCCAUGGCAAGAAGGUGGCAGAUGCGCUGACCAACGCCGUGUCCCAUGUGGACGACAUGCCCUCUGCCCUGUCUGCUCUGAGUGACCUGCAUGCGCACAAGCUGAGAGUGGAUCCGGUCAACUUCAAGCUCCUGAGCCACUGCCUGCUGGUGACCCUGGCCUGUCACCACCCCGCAGACUUCACUCCUGCGGUCCACGCCUCCUUGGACAAGUUCCUGGCUUCUGUGAGCACCGUGCUGACCUCCAAAUACCGUUAAGCUGUAGCUUCAGUGACCCCUGUCCCCUGCCUUGGACCUCUGGGCCAGGCCCUCCUUCCCUUUCUGCACCACACCUCCUGGUCUUUGAAUAAAGUCUGAGUGGGUGGCA